AUGGAUCUCCUCACCGUAACCCUGGCUCUCUUGGUUCUCCUGACCCCAGCCUGGGGCUUCGACAUGGGCCAGUCGACCCGGUGCGUACCCAUCCCCCACCAGAUGAGUGUGUGCCAGGACGUGGGCUACUCGGAGAUGAGGCUGCCAAACUUCCUGGGCCACAGCAGCCUGGAGGGCGAAGUGGUUCCCCGCUCGGAGGACUGGAGACCCCUGCUGCAGACUGGCUGCCAUCCCCAUGCCCAAGCCUUCCUCUGCUCCCUCAUCGCCCCUGUCUGCCUCGACACGUUUAUCCAGCCAUGCCAUAGCCUGUGCGUGGCCGUCAGGGACAGCUGUGCCCCAGUACUGGCCUGUCAGGGCCACAUCUGGCCAGAGGCGCUGGACUGUGACCGUUUCCCUGCCCAGGAGGACAUGUGUCUGACCCCCCACCCCAAACACAGCAACAGCCACCUCACCAAAGCAUUGCCUAAGCCUGCAUGCCAAGCCUGUCCUUCCGUGGAGGAGCACCCUACACUGAAGACGGUUCUGGACGCUCUGUGCCAGGAUGACUUUGCUGUAACAGCCAAGCUGUCUCGCCGGCGCCGGCCCUCGGGGGAGCCAGAGUUUGAGGUGGAGGGCCGGGUAGAGUUUAUCCGCCAGGGCCCCCUGCUUCCCUACGACACCCAGCACCUCCUCCAGCAGUGGCUGCUCAUUAACCUACGGUGUGCCAACGCCCUAGUCCGGCCCGGCCGUGCCCAGCUCUACCUGCUGACUGGGGCGGUGCAGCCAGAUGGCACCCUGGCCCUCACCCGCCUCUUCCCCUGGCACAAGAAGGACCACAGCAUCGCAGUGGCCACGCGCAAGUGGAAGCACUCCAAGUGUUGA